GUCUUCUGGGGAAACUGAGGCUCUGAGAAGGGAAAAGGCUCCUGCGAGCUCUCCUUUCCGGGCAGAGACUCACUCUUUCUUCUCCCCCUCGAGGCCUCCUCUCUGCUGUGGAGGUGCUUUUUAGUAAGUUUGCCCGGGGUGCAGAGUUCGAGGCCGGGGAGCUUGGUGAACAGAGUCGGACUUGGGAGGAAGGCACCCGUGUUCGCGACUUCGCCGCCGACAGCUAAUUGAUUUUCCUGGGGGAGAAUCUUGACUCAGAGUUUGCUGACAGCCGAGGAUGGCGAGCAAGGGGCCCUCAGCCUCUGCAUCCCCUGAGAACUCCUGCGCAGGGGGGCCCAGCGGCAGCAGCAAUGGCGCAGGUGAGAGUGGAGGACAGGACAGCACCUUCGAGUGCAACAUUUGCCUGGACACAGCCAAGGAUGCCGUCAUCAGCCUGUGCGGCCACCUUUUCUGUUGGCCGUGUUUACAUCAGUGGUUGGAGACCAGACCUAACAGACAGGUGUGUCCAGUUUGCAAAGCUGGCAUCAGCCGAGACAAGGUCAUUCCACUCUAUGGCAGGGGCAGUACUGGCCAGCAGGACCCCAGAGAGAAGACCCCUCCCCGUCCUCAAGGACAGAGGCCUGAGCCGGAGAACAGAGGGGGAUUUCAAGGAUUUGGAUUUGGAGAUGGUGGCUUCCAGAUGUCUUUUGGAAUUGGGGCAUUUCCCUUUGGGAUAUUUGCCACAGCAUUCAACAUAAAUGAUGGGCGUCCUCCUCCAGCUGUCCCUGGAACGCCCCAGUAUGUGGACGAACAGUUCCUGUCACGCCUCUUCCUGUUUGUGGCCCUGGUGAUCAUGUUCUGGCUCCUGAUUGCCUAAUGCAGGACUCCUGGCCUGCGUCCAUGGCAGGGCUUCCGCACUGAUGGUACACCACCCCCACUCUUGAUGUUCGGCUUCCUGGCUAAUCCUGACCCCUGGAAUCACUGGGGUCAGUAACACAUCAAGGAGUCCUGCUUCUCCAUCGAAGCUUUGGGACUUGAGACCAGUUGUCAAAGAGCCUGGAGUGGCCUCUGCUGUACAUGCCCUGCUGUAACCUCAGUUCUUGGCAUUGAGUCAUCUCCCAUGGGUUACACCAUGAAAUCCUGUCCCAGCUCAGCAGGUCCUGGGUCUGUACCGGGAAGAGGCAGGAAGAGAGAAACUCAGUACAAUUUCAUCUGAGUUUAAUACUACAAAAACAAAGGGAUGAACCAAAUGGUACUUACGGAAACUGUCAUCUCCUUACAUACGCUUUGGUGAGUGGCCUCUGAAAUCAGUGGGGCUCCUUAGACAGGGUCUCCUUCCACAUCCAGUGCUGCUCUGCCCAGUUUCCUCUCCCCUCAGCAGAAAUGCAAGAAAUUGCUGUCCUAUGAAGACCAUAAUUGCAGCAGCUGAAGCUGUAAUUGCUUCAUGAAUUCACCAGAGACCCAAAGAUCUUUUAUUGGCUCUGGGCCAUGCUCAGUGUCUUUGGCUGCAGAGAGUGGCUUGAAUGACCUCCUGGUUUCCUCAAGUAGGCUAUCCCCAGAGAUGUGGCCUCAUUCAACAGAUUUCCCAUCUUUUCCCCCAAAACUGUGUGCAUCUGCCUCUCUGCCAGAGGGCACAUAGCCUAUGCUACUGCUGAAGCUGGAACUGACUUCUGUGUACCGGGAAAGACCUGCAGUUGGGACCCCAGUGGGAUCUGGAGUACUGAUGCAGGAACACCCAGUCAGCCCUGUCCCCAAGGCUGCAAAAACUCUGGGGCAUCCCCUCCCAGACCCGCCCAGAGGUGACCAGGGGCUUUGUCAAGGCAGCCUGAUUGCAUGUUGAAGACUACCCACCUCGGAAGCCAAAUUACCCUUUAUGAAGUGGCAGGGAGUGGGGAGACCCACAUGUGACCCUGAUUUUGGUAUGGCUGGAUGGAUUCCCCUGAAAACUUCUCGUAUGUGUGCUAAAACCAGGGAAGCAUGCAACUCUGGAGCAGGCAAUGCCUGAUAAUUUGUGAAGCCAGGCACCACAGCCUCGGAAGCCUCGAUGUGAUGUGCUCUCCCUGUGGAAGUCUUCCCCAGCAGAUUUCCAAGGAAAAUCAUUCUUCCCAAGCCCUACAUGUUUUUCAACUUUGCAAGCGUUUUCAUACAAAUCUCAUGGAGCGAGUAUGGUGCCAGGCAGCAGGACAGUUCACUUAGGGAAUGGUUCUUGUCCUGCCAGUCAGACCGCUUCCUAGAAAUCCACCUGCUUCCAGGAGACCCAAAGAGUGAAAGGAGACGGGCUUCUUCUAGGGGCCUCUCUUCACCAGCCCACCACUGCUCCUGGCUCAUCCCUCAUCCCAAGCAAUAAGCAAGUGGUAGAAAGCGCCACCUAGGGCUCUUUUACAGAUAUGGCUCUGCGCAGUGUGCGGAAACCAAGACCUUGAGGAAUAUGAGGGAAGCCCUCCUCCCCUCUCUGCAGCCCCCACCCCUUUCUCUUAGAACCUGUCAAUGCCAGAGUUCAGUGUUUAAACAGAAAAAUAUAAGUAUUGAAUAGGUGGUCAUUUGCCGAAUCCACUUGGUAGGAAUAAGCCACCAGCUUUAGUGUCACUGAUGCAUUUUAAACAUUCUUGGGGCACGCACUCAAGAGUGCUUUUUUUUAACACCUGGAAUCCCCAAAGUUGGAGGGGCCCCUGGAGUUUCUCAGUUGGAGAGGAUUGAUGGGAUAUCUCAUUGCAGUGCUCCACCUAGUGGUGAGAGAGAGGACUUCAGUAAAUGGGCCCACUGGAAAUAGGUUUCCAGUAAAAAGGUUAUGGAUUAGGAAAAUGAUCCCACUUGGACUCUAACAAAAUGAAGUGGGCCAGGAGAGCUCCACCAGCAAAGCUCCUUCCAGGAACCUUUUAACAAAGCCAGGUUGGCUAUGUGCCCAUUGAUUUUGAACCUUACAGGCCCCCACUCACCCUCUACCAGGAGCUGGGGCAGAGAGCUGACUUGGGACUGCUGGCCCAGCCCCGACAAGGAGUCCCCUUCCUACCACCCCUCUGCAGGCUAACCAUCUUGCCCCUCUACCAAGGCAGUUUUCCUUUCUUUUAUGUGGGUUUUCUAUGUUCUUGGCCUCCACCCCACUCCUGCCACCUUUGUGGACUAGAUCCAGAUCCCACCACAGUCAGAAAAUGACACUGUGUAUGUGGCACACCUUGACCAGUCACUAAUUUUCACUGUUGUGAAAGUGAUUUGAUUUAGAAUUAAAAAAAUGGUUUUACAUUA